AUGGAAGCAUAUCGUGCAGCCCCUCCAGUGUCGAGGACCUUGACAGCAUUGACGCUUGGUACGUCGCUGCUUGUAUACGGCAACAUCAUUAGUGGAAGUCGAGUCGUCUUCUACCUGCCAUGGAUAUUCAAGUUCCCAUUGCCAGAAGUAUGGCGGUUUGUCACAUCGUUUUGGGUGACUGGUGGAGGUCUAAGCAUACUUUUUGAUACUUACUUCUUAUGGACAUACUCGAGCGGCCUCGAGAAGGAGUCUGGCCGUUUCUCUCAACCGGGAGAUUUCUUCACCUACAUCAUCUUCCUCGGCCUUGUGAUCCUAGCUACAGCUGGUUUUAUCCUAGGCGGUGCGGUCUUCACUCAGGCUCUCAUUCUUGGCAUUGCAUACACAUACUCGCAAGACAACAGAGGCAAGAAGGUCUCGUUCUUUAUUAUCACUUUCAACGUGAUUUGGUUGCCGUGGGCAAUGCUCCUGAUGACAUUCAUCAUGGCUGGACCUGACGCAGCCUUGAAGCAAGGCGCAGGUCUUCUGGCUGCUCAUCUCUACGACUUUCUAACCCGCCUCUACCCAACGUUUGGCGGUGGGAAGAACUUCAUCCGCACACCUGCGAUCGUCAAGCGCUGGUUUGGGGCAGAUAAGUCCAGCUCCCAAGCAAGAGGUUACGGGACUGCAUUCAGACCUGCAACUCAAGCACCCGGUCGUGGCACGUCAAGCGGCUUUGGAUUUUCAAGUGCAUGGGGUACUCGAGGGCAGGACAAUUCUAACUUCUACGAACCCCAAAAGGAUGAAAGAGCGACCGCAAUAGUAUCCAUCACGUGUCAGCGUCAGUCAAUUCGAAAGAUGGCAGACGUUCCUGCCAAAGGCCAAGAGGUGGACUAUACCAUUAAGCCAGAAGCUACAACGCCAGCAGUCGAUACCAGCGACAGGCCAUUGCUCCUCAAAGAUGACAACAGACUACUCGUCCGAACCGGACAUUUCACGCCAAUCCCUAUGGGAUGUACUCCUCUCAAGCGUGACCUCAAAUCUUUCAUUAGCUCCGGUGUGAUCAACCUCGCCAAACCUAGCAAUCCUUCCAGUCAUGAGGUGGUCGCGUGA